GCAACCCAGCAAAAUUAGGGCACUUCCCAAAAACGUACUCAAAAGUCCACCGAAGCUCAAAAAACUUAAAAGAAAAUUCCGAAAUUUCGGAAAACGAAAAACGAAAUCUCGGAUUAGGAAUCCAUUUCCGUUCCCUGUUUUUCGGAUUUUAUCGAGCGAUGAAUGCGGAGGGAAUUACGGAGGGAGAGAAAGUGAAGAUGGAAGAGGGGAAAGAGGAGGUGGUGUUCAUGUGGGGAUAUCUUCCCGGAGCUCUGCCCCAGAGAUCGCCGCUUUUGUCGCCGACGAUCGUGCGGACGGCCGACGCCGAGUACGCGUGGAAGGAUGUAUGCGGUGGCGGCUGCGGCUUCGCCAUGGCCAUAUCUGAGCCUGGAAAGCUUAUUACAUGGGGCUCAACAGAUGAUCUAGGCCAAAGCUAUGUGACAUCUGGGAUGCACGGGGAAAACCCGGAGCCUUUUCCACUUCCGAAUGAAGCUUGUAUAGUACAGGCGGCCGCGGGUUGGGCCCAUUGUGUUGCAGUCACAGAUAAUGGAGGAGUUUACACAUGGGGAUGGAAAGAGUGUGUCCCAUCUGGGAAGGUCUUUGGGGAGCAAUCUAUGGGUCCAGACGGUGUAAAGGAUGCCUAUGAAAGGCAGAAUUCUUUUAUGACUGAGCAAGUUAGCCCUCGCUCUCAAGGCUCACGAUCCACUGCUGCAGCAGUUUCUGCUAGCGAAGAAAGUACAAAGCGAAGAAAAUUGUCGUCAGCAAAACAAGCGGCUGAAAGUUCAUCAUCUGGUGAUGAACCUCCGUCAGCAUUGCCAUGUCUUGUGGCAUUGAACCCGGGAGUUAGAAUAGCCAGUGUUGCCGCUGGAGGGCGCCAUAGUCUGGCAUUAUCAGAUAUAGGACAAGUGUGGGGAUGGGGCUAUGGAGGUGAAGGGCAGCUUGGUCUGGGCUCCCGCAUACGUAUGGUAUCCUCUCCUCAUCCUGUACCUUGCAUUGAGUCCUCUUAUGGAAAAGAUAGAUCUGCAGCACUGUCUCGAGGAACCAUGGGUUCAGACGGAUUUGGUGUUAGGGUUCCUGGAAAUUAUGUGAAGGGGAUUGCCUGUGGAGGGCGACAUAGUGUAGUAAUCACAGAUGCUGGAGCAGUACUUGCUUUUGGUUGGGGGCUGUAUGGACAGUGUGGGCAAGGAAGCACAGAUGACGAGUUAAGCCCGAUUUGUGUAUCUUCAUUACUGGGUAUCCGGAUAGAGGGUGUUGCGGCAGGACUGUGGCACACUGUCUGCAUUUCAGCGGAUGGCGAUGUUUAUACAUUUGGUGGGAAUCAGUUUGGACAGCUGGGAACCGGAGCUGAUCAAGCUGAGACGAUACCAAGACUUUUGGAUGCUCCAAUUCUGGAAAAUGAGAAUGCAAAGAUUGUUUCCUGCGGGGCGCGUCAUAGUGCCAUAAUCACGGAUGAUGGGAAAGUUUUCGGCUGGGGAUGGAACAAGUAUGGUCAGCUUGGCCUGGGUGAUGUGAUCGACCGCAACAUUCCGGCUCAAGUCACGAUCGACGGAUGUGUGCCGAAGACUGUGGCAUGCGGCUGGUGGCAUACCUUACUGCUUGCUGAACCUACUUGAGUUCUCCUAGUCCAAAGGCCACGGUACAAUUUUGUUAGAUAGCAGUGUUCAUUGAAGUUGGUAACUUAUUGGUUACAUGUACAUACACUAGUUUGGAAUGUAAUUGUAUGUACAUAUACAUAUGUAUUUAUGUAUGUAUAAUGUAUAUGCAUGUACCUCAUUCUUUCAUGGCGGACGUCUUCCAUGUCUGAUACGGUUAGGAUAUCGUAAUAUGUAUCAAAUUCGACGAUGUACAACUAAGGUUGUGUAUAAUUGGAAGUGGCUGUGAUGUAACCAAACGCCUGGAAAUGUUAUGUAAUUGUU